UGGCAGUUGAUUAGUAGUAAAACUAUCGCCAUAGGAGUUAAACAAAACCCGAGACGUUGGUUUUUUGUCUUGUUGAUUGUGAAAAUACAUAAAAAGAAAUAAAACUGGUUUCAGUAAAGCACCAUUGUCUAAGUAUUGGAAUUUCAGUCUUGUUCGUAAAAUAUGAAACUCGGAUAAAAUAACUUCAACUAAACGACAGCUAAGUUAAGAUUAUACACAAAUAAAUCCUACGGGUGACAGUUAAUAAAAAUAAUAAAACAAAAAUAAACAAAUCUUCGAAUAUAUACGAAUACAGAAAAAUGCCCUGCUCUGCUGUUACGCUUUCUAUAGCAACAAUUGCCUCAAUAAUAGCUAUCGCCUUAUUGGUUAUUGCAUUUUCUACAGAUAACUGGUUACACUAUGAGGUGAAAAGAAGCAACAUACAGGCGUUUGCAGCAAAACAUUCCGAUUCUGAAACGCUGCUAAGUAAUUUAAAUAACAAGUAUUUCUAUUACACAAGAACCCGGGGUCUUUUCAGAAUAUGUUAUCCCAAGGAGAAGCCACCAACAAGCGCAGUUCCCACGUAUCUGUCACCCAUCGAAACUCAUUGCUCGAAUAUAGACUAUUUUCCACAGAUGGAGGAGGAUAAAAUUUCAAGUGAGGAUGUUACUUCAAGACUACACUUGGCUCGAUCCUGUAUUGCUAUGUUUAUAUUAAGUUUCAUCACAACAUUCUGUGCGUUCUGGACUGGCUUAUCCGGGUGCUGGAAAAGAUCAUCGGGUGCUAUCACAGCUACAUCAAUUUUAUUGCUUGCGACUUGUCUACUUGCAGCUGGUGCUAUGGGUCUCUGGCAUACAGUGGAGUUCUUCGAAAAAGAGAAAGUGGUCGGAGAGGACUAUUAUCAACAGUGGACUACCGUACUAAGAGAUAAUACAAAAAUUACAUACGAUUGGUCAUAUAUUGUUGCAUGGGCUGGUGUAGGUUCAUGUCUAUUGGCUGCCAUAUUACUAUCGGGAGCUGCUGUCUGUCUAAGAAGUGAACGGGAAAAGGAAGAACAAUUAAAUUUACAAUAUCUUAUGCCAGUAUAUUCACAAAAACAACCUCCUUAUCCGCCAUACGCAAACUAUCCUCAACCUCAAAUGUUUGCUGGUCCGUACUACCAUGGAUCUCAAUAUGGUCCUUACAACUACUAACACGAUUCGAAAGCUAAACAAUCACAAAUAAUAAUAAAUUCAUCCAAUAUACAUAAAUAUAUAACAAAUCAGUUUACCGAAUCAGCUUUCGUAAUAGCGAAGAAUGUGAUUACAGGUAAAAUGUGUCAAGAUCUUUUGUGUUUGUUAUGUAUUUUUGAGCUGCGGACGGACGGUAUUGCGACGAAAAAAUUCUAGUGAGAAAAAAGGAAAUUAUUUAUUUUCAAUUAAUUUUACUUAACUAAAAUCAGAACUUUUGUUUUCUUUUUCUUUGUAAUAAACACAUCUAAACGAUUAAAUAUACAUUAACAUGCAUAUAUGUAGGUCUAAGGACUUGAUUAAUGAAAAAUAUAGAUGUGUAUAUCAUAUAUGGAUUUGUUAUGUAAUCUUUCAACGAAACUUAAACAAUUUAGAUGUUAUAAAAUAUUUGUAUAAAUAUAUGUUUUUUAAGUUUUUUUAAUUGAUAAGUGGCAAUUUGUAGAGAACUGAUUAAUGUCUUCCAUGAAUAAGAAACAAUAUCUUGCACACUUUCAUAUGUACAUCCAUUCGUUGGCGAAUGCGUAAGAGAUACAAACAUAUAAAAACACAAUCUAGUUAAGUGCAUGCUGUUGUAUGAAUCCAUGUACGGCUGCAUACAAACAUUUGUAUGUAUUUAGAAUUAAAAAAAUACAAACUUAUAUAUAUUUAUGUUUACAUUUCGUUCUACAUUUUAAAAUUCAAAAAUAUAUGUUAAUAAAUAUUUGUAUACAGAAGGGAAA